AUGAUCAAGAACAAAUUCUAUCAGUACGGGAAUCAAAAUGGGCGUGUCCCAGCUCACCUGAACUUUGGGAAAGAAGUCUAUGACAAUAUGGUUGCCAAUAAAGACAUUGUCGCAUUGGUGAACGCAGACACAUCUGAACAAAGAACAUAUGGGGAGGUGGCUCAAUUAACACCUAAUAUUGCCCUCUCGCUCAUUCGUUUAGGAAUUAGAAAGGGAGAUAUAGUCUGCAUUUGUAGUGAGAAGAACUUGGAGUUUUUGCCUACCGUUUUGGGUAUUAUGUGUUCGGGCGCCAUCUUCACUCCUACUGACCCUACUUAUGGCAGUCAUCCCCUAGCGCAUCGAGUAAAGAUAGUGCGUCCAAAAGUCGUAUUCUGUUCCCUCACCGCCUACAAAGAGCACAAACCAGUCUUUGAAGAAGUUGGAUCCGUGAAGCACUACAUUCUGUACGGAGAUCAGGGUCAAGAUGGGGCGAUACUCCUCAAGGACUUUCUGACAGAGUCAGUGGCUUUGGAGGACUUUGAACCAGUCUCUGUGAACGGAUAUGACGAUACCGCUUUCAUCGUCUUCUCUUCUGGAACUACUGGUCUACCGAAAGGGGUUCCUGUCACUCAUUUAGGGUUUCUGCUGAACGCGCAGAAUAUGACUCGAGAUUACAAAGGAAUGGUGAUCUAUACAUCCCGAGAGUUCUACUACACAUACGGACUGAUGUAUGCCCUCGCCUGUUUGAGAUCUAAUUCUACCCUCGUUUACAACCUCAACGGAGGAGAACUCCAGAUGUUGGAAGCUAUGCAAAAGUAUAAGCCCAAGGUCCUCCAGUUGGCUCCAAUGAUCAUCACAGAACUCAUUAAGUCAGCAAUCCUGGACAACUACGAUCACAGUUCAGUGAACUACAUUGUAUCUUCAAGCACUUAUAUUCGAGAAGAUGCAGUUUUGGCCAUCAAGACUCGAAUACCAAGUCUGGUGUCAGUUCUCCAGCUGUACGGCAUGUCUGAAGGUGGAAGCAUCUGCAACGAGCUGGCGUGCACUAAUGGGUACAAGGCAGGCAGCUCAGGAUUACCUGGACUAGGUUUUAUCAUGAAGGUGGUAGACUUGGAGACGAGGCAACCUCUGGGUCCAAACCUUCGAGGAGAGAUUUGUAUUAAAGGUCCUAGUGUAAUGAAGGCAUACCUGGGGAAUGUUCAGCCGGACUGCAAGGAUGAGGAAGGGUUUCUGAAGACUGGAGACAUUGGCUACUAUGACGAGGACGGAUACUUCUUCGUUGUCAACAGAAUCAAGGAGCUGAUAAAGUUUAAUGAUAUUUCUGUGGCACCAGCAGAAUUCGAAGACAUACUACUCCAGCAUCCUGCUGUUCGUGAAGUGGGUGUCGUGGGCAAACCUCACCCCGUGCAUGGAGAGGUUCCAGUAGCCUUCAUAGUCCUGCAGUCAGGAGCUACAGCUUCUGAACAAGAACUGGUGGAACAUAUUAACAGUCGGGUUACCUACAGAAUGCGUUUAGCUGGUGGAGUCCGCUUCAUUAACCGUCUUCCCCGAGGAGCUGGGGACAAGCUGGACAGGAUAAACCUGAUGAAAAGACUAGUAGACGAAGACGCCAACUGA